GCCGCCUUCUCUGUGUUUUUCCGCAAGAAACAAGCGUAGCAACUUGUAAGGGGUUUGUUCUGCGUAGGACCCAGAUUUAUCUGCCAAAAUGCCAAAAAGAGCCUGUCCUUUCCCGGAAACAUUCUCUUCCCAAUAUAAAAUACACGUCGGUCAACAUGAAUUGAAUAAUUUUGGCGUGUUUGGAAGUAAAUACAGACAGGAAAUCUACGAAAAGACGACGAACCUGCUCUUCAAUGGUGCUAAGGCCGUGAUGGGUAAAAUAUGGACUGGGGAGGAGAAGUGUAAAGAGUCGCAGACAAACGGACACGUAGAGACACCUGUGAAUAGCCAAACCCUGCUGAGAGGACAGACGCUGAUUGGACAGGACGGUAGACUGACCAGAGCAAGCGCCGCACAAGUUGCAUCAGUGGCUCCCGUGGGCUGCUGUGUUUAUAAGAAGAGCCCGGGAAGCAGGACGCCAUGCUCCCAGUGUGACCGGCCCACAUGUUCCUCCUGUUCACGUCAAUGCUCGCGUUGCUCAAACAACUGUUGCUCUGUCUGCACCAUCAUAGACUACAGUGGGAGGUAUGAUGAAGUGGUGUGCUGCAGCUGCUCUACAUAAGAAAACCACUGGAAGGGUCAGGAGUUUGUUGUAAAUAUUGAUGUAUCCUCUGAACUGAAUGCUUUGUUUUUAAUACCUGUGAAAUUUUAUAUGACAACCAAAUAAUUGUCUGUGUGUAUAUAUGUGCAAUAACUCAACUGAAAUAAACUUGAAACAUUUUAUACGUA